AUGAAAAAUGAAGUUAUUUGUUCUGAGAUUACAGUGAGAAAUAAAAAAUGGGCCAUUUUUAGUGUAUAUAGACCACCAGAAUCUUCUAACUUAAGUAACUUUUUUAUUGAGAUAGUACGCUCACUUGAUUUGGCUCUCAAAACUUAUGAUAAUGUUGUAGUCAUGGGCGAUAUAAAUAUUGAUUGUGAUGACUCAAGUUCGACAGGUUUUGACAUUUUUACAACUUUUUGCGAAACCUACAAUUUAAAAAAUUUAAUAAAACAAAAAACAUGUUUCACAAAUACUCGUGCAUCACGAAUAGAUGUGUUUUUAACAAAUAAACAUGCAUGUUUCCAUAAUUCUAAAUCUUUUGAAACUGGACUUAGUGACCACCAACAUAUGAUUUCUACUUUUAUGAAGACUUUUUUAGUACGUUUAAAAUCGAAAGAGAUAUCGUAUAGGUGUUUUAAAAAAUUUGAUGAGCAAGUUUUUCUUGAAGAAGUGAGGAGCACAGAUUUUUGUUGUGAUAACAUAGAUCCAAAUGAAAGUUAUGAGAACCUUGUACUGAAAGUUCGAAAUAUAAUUGUUAAACAUGCACCUAUAAAAAUUAAAUUAGUUCGGGGUAACAAAGCCCCGUUUAUGAAUAAAAAAUUACGAAAAGCAAUUUACACAAGAUCUCGUCUUAAAAACAAUUUUAACAAAAAUCGAACAGAUGAAAAUAGGGCAAAAUAUAAAAAACAAAGAAAUAAGUGUGUUAGUAUGAGACGACAGGCGAUUAAAGAGCAUUUUAAUACUGUUAUGGAGGGUGGCAUUAUUCAAAAUAAGAUAUUUUGGAGAACUGUUAAACCUUUCCUUACUAACAAAUCAGGUAAGAGCUCUAAUGAAAUUAUGAUUGUUCACAAUGAUAUUAUAGUAACGAAUAAAAAUGAAUUAGCGGAAAUUUUCAAUGAAGAGUACAUACAUAUAGUUGAAAAAUAUAGUGGAGUUAAACCAGUGUCGCUACGAAAUUAUCAAUCUGAAAAUAGAAAUGAAGAAGUCUCGGAAAAUAAAGUCUCUAAACUUUUCGGGGAUCUAAAAGUAGGUGUGGCAUCUGGAGAGGACAAGAUAACGGCUAAAAUGGUGAAGUUAGCAAAACCUUAUUUGAUAAAACUCUUAACAAAUGCCAUUAACAACAGUAUUUGUCUCUCUGUUUUUCCGAGGAGAGCCAAACGCGCUACUGUAUCCCCUAUUGAUAAAGGUGGGAAAGAUAAAUUAUGUGUAAACAACUAUAGACCAGUCAGCAUUUUAAAUAUAUUUUCAAAAUUUUAUGAGAGAAUAAUUAAAUCUCAAAUUGUUGGUUAUAUUGAUAAUAAACUUUCAGAAUUUUUAUCAGCCUAUAGGGAAUCAUAUGGCACACAACAUGUACUUAUAAGAUUAUUGGAAGAAUGGAAACAAAAAUUAGAUAAAUAUUACGUAGUUGGUGCAGUUUUAAUGGAUCUAUCUAAAGCUUUUCAUUGCGUGCCUCAUGAUUUACUUAUUGCUAAAUUAAAUGCCUAUGGCUUUAGCCAGGAUGCCCUACUUCUAAUUUUAUCGUACCUUUCUGACAGAGAGCAAUCUACCCGCAUAAAUAAUCAGCAUAAAAGCGAAGUUAAUUUACUAGGAGUGACCAUUGAUAAUGGCUUGAAUUUCGACUCUCACAUUUCUAAACUUAUCAAAACAUCAUCAGCACAAUUGAAUGCACUGUUUAGACUUAGCACGUUUUUAUCUCACAAAGCCAAAUUAGCGCUGGUACAAAGUUUUAUUUACUCUAACUUUAAUUAUUGCCCUUUAGUAUGGAAUUUCUCUUCAUAUAAAUCUUUGUUGAAGAUUGAACAAAUUAGGAAGAGAGCUUUGCGUUUCUUGUUAAAUGAUAAUGAUAGUACUUACGACGAACUUCUUUUGAAAGCAGGAAAAUACCAAAUGGGCGUCUAUAAACUUAAAACAUUAUUCGGUUUUGAUUAG